AUGAAAUUGCAAGCUGGGCCGAAUACACUGCAACGGGACGAAUACGGACCACUAGGAUUGACGGAUUUCUUGGCAAGACCUUGGGAAGAUCGAAAGACGAACCAGGACACGAAGCGAAACUUGGAUCAGAUCGGCGGUGGACAUCUCGUGAGAAAUGCUGACAAGCAAUUGAAACGUUUAUUAGAUGGCGAAGAGGGUCGCUUGACUCAAUAUUUAGAUUCCGUCAAUGACGAGCAAAUACUCGACGCGAGCCCCGAGGAGGGACUUUUGGCCGAUCGAUUUCGUAAUGGAAUUCUUUUUAAUUCUUCCAUCAAUCCUACGGCGUUCGUGAAUGCAAUGAAUCCCAAGCUAAAUGCCGGUCAAACAAAUAAUAAAUUAUUCAUGAAUCAACUUACCGAUGACAUUCCGUACAAUGCAGAUAGACGAAUUGCUAGAACUCUAGAUCAGAUCGGUGGUGGGCAUCUGUUGAGAAAUUUGGACCAGAUCGGUGGCGGACAUUUGGUGAGAAAUCUAGAUCAGAUCGGUGGCGGACAUUUGGUGAGAAAUCUAGAUCAGAUCGGUGGCGGACAUUUGGUGAGAAAUCUAGAUCAGAUCGGUGGCGGACAUUUGGUGAGAAAUCUAGAUCAGAUCGGUGGCGGACAUUUGGUGAGAAAUCUAGAUCAGAUCGGCGGUGGAAAUCUGGUUAGAGGUAUCAAUUAUCUGAACGCAGAAAUGAAAGAGCGCGAUGCUCAACCUGUGAGUGCUUCGGAGAAACUACAUUUUAUGCGAAAUCUGAAUCAGAUCGGAGGUGGAAAUCUUGUGAGACACUUGGAUCAGAUCGGAGGCGGAAACCUCUUGCGAAACUUAGAUCAGAUUGGCGGCGCAAAUCUCGUGAGAAGCUUGACGGCGCAACGGGCGGAAAGAGCGGAUCUCAGCGAUAACUUCGCGAAAUGCGGUGACUUUCGUCCCGUUGGUAGCGCCCGGCGGCGAGAUCUCAGGUUGGCGGCACUGUGCUGUCAGAGUGCAUUCGAGUGUCCGUCGGGCAGCGAGCGCGCAGUGGAGAAGGUGAGAGCUGUUCGCGGGACCAGAGUCGCGGGAGACGAACGUCAUCCGGUGCGACGCGCCGCGCCUCCCCCCUUUCCUCUUCCUCCCUCGCCGCGGUGUGCGUCGCGCGACUUCCUCCUCCUCCUUCUCCUCCUUCUCCUUCUCCCCCUCCUCGUUCAUUCUGUCAACACAACGUCGAAGACCGCGCUGUACGCUACUAAUCCUCUCCGAUUGGAAUUUCUUUUCUUUCCAGGCACUUAUGGCACCGUAUUCAAAGCCAAGAAUCGCGAGACACACGAAAUCGUCGCGCUGAAGCGGGUGCGACUGGAUGAUGACGAUGAAGGUGUACCGUCGUCAGCUCUACGGGAGAUCUGUCUUCUGAAGGAACUCAAGCAUAAAAAUAUAGUUCGUCUCUAUGACGUGCUGCACAGCGACAAGAAGCUCACCUUGGUGUUUGAGCACUGCGAUCAAGAUCUCAAGAAGUACUUCGACAGUCUGAAUGGCGAGAUUGAUUUGGAUGUCGUUAAAUCAUUCCUAUAUCAAUUGUUAAGAGGACUAGCUUUCUGUCACAGCCGAAAUGUUCUGCACAGAGAUCUCAAACCACAGAACUUACUCAUCAAUAAGAACGGGGAACUGAAGCUCGCAGAUUUUGGAUUAGCAAGAGCAUUCGGUAUUCCUGUAAAAUGUUACUCGGCGGAAGUUGUUACAUUAUGGUACCGUCCCCCAGAUGUUCUUUUCGGAGCGAAAUUAUAUACAACGUCCAUUGACAUGUGGAGCGCGGGAUGUAUAUUUGCCGAAUUAGCGAAUGCCGGCAGACCGCUCUUUCCCGGAUCGGAUGUAGAUGAUCAAUUGAAAAGAAUAUUCAAAAUGCUGGGUACACCAACCGAGGAGACAUGGCCAGAUCUAACGACACUUCCUGACUACAAACCAUUCCCACAAUACCAUCCCACACAAGGACUAGCGCAGGUUACACCUAAACUCACUUCAAGAGGCAAAGACUUACUCCAGAGAUUAUUAGUGUGUAAUCCGGCCCUACGAUUGUCGGCGGAGGAAGCGAUGACACAUCCGUACUUCAACGACUUGAACCCUGCCAUAAAAAACGACCGAUGCCAAUAGCGAGUCAUUCCUCUUAGCUUAAACCGACCGAAAGCAUGCCAUGGCGCGUACGAAGCGCAGCGAUCAAAAAGUGGAAAAGAAAACGCUUUGGCAAUGAUCAUUUGUUAAUAUAUAUAUAAAAUGAAUUUGGAUGAUCACCCCGCGAGAAGAAGACACCGACUAGUCCUGUCGUUUUACAAUGAUGACAAGGAAGAAUCGAUAAAUCGUUAAUUUUACUAGCUGACGGCAACUUCUUCGUAUCGAAAGUAAAAAUUCUACGGUCGACGGAAAGGAAAGAUGCGACAGUUAAUUCGCUAUCCAAGUCGCGACUGACGAAUAUGAGAAUUUUAUGCGAGUUUGAGUAGCAUAUUAAGCGCAAUUUAUUUAUUAUUAAAUAAUUAUAUCAAUAAAUCGAUAUCUUAAA